UCAUCUUCUUCUUCAUCCUUUCACCAUGUCUCUGUUUUUGUAGCUGCUGAGCAUGAGAAACCCAGACACACUGGAUUUACCAUAUAUGAAACUAAGAGAGGCGACAUCAUGAUAAAUUACACAUAUGUGGAGCGCACCUCAGCAGUUAUGGAGGCUCUGAGGCACUUCCAGAAGGUCUACCCUGAUCACUGUAACGUGGAGAUAAGGUCAACUCUGAGAGAGGGGCUGGAGUACUGCAAGAAGGUUCAGAGACCUGAUGGAUCCUGGGAAGGCAGGUGUCUUCCAGGAACAGUGACGCUAUUGUCCGAUGAUCUGAUUGAUUUUGGUGAACUCAAGGAUCUGAAUUUUGCAGUUUUGAAAUGUUUGGGCACGGACAUCAUGGACAUGGCCACCACGGCCACCACGGGCACCAUGGCCACCAUGGGCACCAUGGGCACCAUGGCCACCAUGGACAUGGUAGUGGCCUUCUUAGUGGACUUCUCAACCUCGGCCUUAGGCAGCAUGGAUUUGGUGGUCACCAUGGGGGAUAUAGUGGUGGCUAUAUGGGAUAUGGUGAUGGCUGUGGGGGAUAUGGUGAUGGAUAUUGGGGACAUGGGCACCAUGGGCACCAUGGACACCAUGGGCACCAUGGGCACCAUGGACACCAUGGACACCAUCAUCAUGGAUGUUAAGAAGCGUAGGUGCAGACACAGGGGAGGACACAGGCACCUGUCCUGCCACAAGAAGAGGAGGGAAUAUCAUGGGGCUCCAGCAGCUCCUGCAGCAGUGACUCUGACUAGAUGAAGAUUUCUGGAGGAACCUGCAAGGACAUAUUACUAUCUUAUCCUUUCCUGUCUCAUUUCUUUUAAUGUUUACUUAAAAAUAAUUUUAGCAGAUGUAAAAAUACAUAAAAUAUAAAGAAUAUGUAAAACAGAAUGCUCAUACACAUAUUUAUAAAAACUGGAUAUCUGGGUUUGUGGAGUAUCAUUUUGAGCCUUGAGCUUUCCUAUGUUUGUUUUUGAAUUAGAACAUGACAAGCGUGGCUCAACUCUACCUGAGAAACUGAGGAAACUGCAUUCUCACGGGGUAGCAAUCUGUCAGUCACAAGGCAGCUCUGCCUUAACGCAAAGCCUGCUUCAGUGUCUCUUUGCUCUGGAUCAUGAUUUUCAAAAAUAACAUUAUGUUGUAGAACUAAAAUCAUCUGGAAAUUGUUCACCGAGUUCAUAAAUCAGAAGCAAGUAUAUCAGUGAAAUUAUGCAAUUAAAUUCUUUUGCACCUCGCUGCCCCCUGCUGGUCAUCAAAGAGAAUGCACUUUUUUUGGUGUUGGAAAAAAGAUAUCCAGAUUCUACAGCCAUCUUUCUGUACACACACUUUGUGUAAACUUGUAAUCAGCUUCCACUAUAUGGUUAUCUUGUGUUGAAAAAAUAAAUAUGAAAACUGA